GGUUCACGUUCUCUUCUCGCGAGACUUGCGAGCGACCAUCUUGCUCCUGCCCCUAAAAGACUCCCUGUCCAGGUCACCCGGACACAGAGACAGCCGAGCGGGCCCUCGCUGACCAUGUUGUCCCGGGCGGUACUUUCUACCGUCGCCACAGCGGCCCCCUGUGUGAAGAACGCAGCCCUCCUCGGUCCAGGGGUAUUGCAGGCAACAAGGAUCUUUCACACUGGGCAGCCAAGUCAGGCCCCUGUACCACCGCUUCCUGAAUAUGGGGGGAAAGUUCGUCAUGGGCUGAUCCCUGAGGAAUUCUUUCAGUUCCUUUAUCCUAAAACCGGUGUAACAGGACCCUAUGUGCUCGGAACUGGGCUUAUCUUAUAUUUUCUAUCCAAAGAAAUAUAUGUGGUUACACCAGAGACCAUCUCUGCCGUAUCAACAAUAGGGUUGCUUGUCUAUGUAGUUAAAAAAUAUGGUGCCUCUAUUGGGGAAUUUGCUGAUAAACUCAAUGAGCAAAAAAUUGCCCAACUAGAAGAGGCGAAGCAGGCUUCCAUGAAAUACAUCCAGGAUGCAAUUAAUCUGGAGAAGUCACAGCAGGCACUGGUUCAAAAGCGCCAUUACCUUUUUGAUGUCCAGAGGAAUAACAUUGCUAUGGCGUUGGAGGUUACUUACCGGGACCGGCUGCAUAGAGUAUACAGGGAGGUAAAGAAUCGCCUGGACUAUCAGAUCGCUGUGCAGAAUAUGAUGCGUCGAAAGGAACAAGAGCACAUGAUAAACUGGGUGGAGAAGCAUGUGGUACAGAGCAUCUCUGCACAGCAGGAAAAGGAGACAAUUGCCAAGUGCAUUGCAGAUCUAAAGCUGCUUGCAAAGAAGGCCCAAGCACAGCCAGUUAUGUAAACGCAGCUAUGCCGAUUGAGACAGCUAGAAACAGUUGACUGACUAAAUGGAAACUAUGUGACAAAGUCUUUCUGUAUUGCGGCCUGCUGAAGUUACACUUUACCCUUCUUAAAAAUGAAAUGCUUGAGUUUCAUAUAGUGAAAGAAUUAAAACAAACAAUCUAUUGGCCAGUGAGAUGUUUCUUGUCCUUCUUGCUCUGUAUUUUGAGAUGUUCCAUAAUCACUUUUGAAUAAGCAGUUUGCUCUUAAUAAAAUUUGGUACCUGACUAAAGACUACCAAGUUAUGGUUUAAAUUUGUAAUUAAUUUUACCAUCUUGCAAUAAACUGACAAUUGAA